UUUACUUCUUUUUAACAACAUUGGUGGUUUCCAAAAUGAACGCGUAUCUUUUAUAGGUGUGUGUAUUUAAUUACAGUCUGUGCUGAUGCGCUGAACGCCUCGCUCCGGCAGUGCGUCUCUCCUCCACUCGCGCGCGUCUCGCUCCUCGCGUGCAGGUGUGACAUUCCUCGGAUGCUCGUGAUCAUUUGAGCCCGAGACCGAUCGCAUCAUGACGGACUCCUCAUCUGCUACUGACCCCGCAGCUCCUGAUCCUUGUCCUGGUUCUGUCUCGGAUCCAGUGGUGGUGGAUCCCGCAACGACUCCCUCAAACGGACACCAUCCGAACCAAGAUACUUUGAGCAUGGAGCAGCAAAUGAAGAUAGGCGAACCGGAGGACAAUGGUCUCCUAGAGAGCAGCAUGCGUUUGAAACCUCACGAGGCACAGAGUUACAGAAAAAAGGCAUUAUGGGUAUCGUGGAUCUCUAUAGUGGUGACGAUAAUAUUGGCCAUCGCAGCAUUCACUGUUUCUAUAAUGCGGCAUAGUGCAUCAGCGUUUGGGUUCGCUUUUGACGCCACUCUUGACGUUCUGUCCUCCAUGAUUGUUCUCUGGCGAUAUAGUAACGCUGCGGCUGUCCAUUCGGCUCACAGAGAAUACAUAGCUUGUGUGAUCCUUGGGGUGCUGUUUAUCCUGUCGUCCAUCACUAUCCUGGCGAAAGCCAUUCACGAUCUCGCCACAAAGCUGCUACCAGAAGUGGAUGAUUUCCUGUACAGCGUGUCUGUGAUCAGUGGGGUGGUGUGCACGAUUCUGUCCGUCUGUAAGUUCAUGCUGGGGAAAGUCCUCACCAGCAGGGUGCUCAUUACUGAUGGCUUUAACUCUUUGGUUGGAGGCGUGAUGGGUUUUUCGAUCUUAAUCAGCGCUGAGGUGUUUAAACAUGAACCUAAGGUCUGGUACCUGGACGGGACCAUCGGUGUUCUGAUUGGACUUGUCAUCCUCGGCUACGGAGUCAAGUUGUUAGUUGACAUGGUCCCCCGCCUCAGGCAGACGAGGCAUUACGAGCGUUUUGAGUAGGAUACCUUCAGGAGAUGUCACCAUGGACAACCCAAAUCAACUUGGCUCACACAAACACUCUUCUUGAGGCUCUACCGAAUGGAAAACACACACACACACACACACACACACACGUUUCUCCUUGCCUCAAGGAAAACAAAACCACAAACUCCUCUUGUAAAUAUGGAAAUUAGGGAAAAACUGAGAAUGAAAUAUAUAAAACAUGUUUUAUUGAGUUAUUCAAGCUCUCUCCAAGUGAAAUGACACAUCUGAGAAUAUGGCAGCCAUUUUCUGGCUUGUUUUGCUGUCACUUGUUUGGAACAAGAAUAAGAGAGC